UUCCACAUUGAGGUUGCAAGGUUUUCGUACAGCACCCAUCUUGAAGAGAUCCUGUGGUAUUUGGAAUAUCUACCCCACAUUUGCUGUAUUUUAUGAUUUUUUAAGAGGUAGUUUGACAACAAUUUUUUGAUUGUUCACUAAAAAUUAGAACAUUGUUGAAAAGUAGUGAAACUGAAUCAACUGGCUGUUGUUACCUCAACCCGUUUCGAUUUUGGCAAUCCUCCGAGUUCGCUGAUACAGUUAUGGGCAAUUUUACCGAGUAUGCUUGAAUUUGCAGGGCAAACCCAGUAAAUUAGCACCAGACGACCGGGAAUGAUUGCAACAGCACCGCUGGUACAAGUUACGUGAUUAUGGACACCACUCGGCAUUCAGACCCCGAGGAGGAUGUGGAGCGGCGGCAGGGGGGCCAGAUUGAACUGGUCCCCCCUGAUCCGACCGGGCAGCCCCUGGCCAGUCAGGGGGGCACCCUAACGGAUCCCGAUGGUCCAUCCAAGCGUGUAAAAUGGGUGACAUGGAGCAAAAAAGAUGCCAUCAAUUUCAGCUCCUUCCCCUCCGCCUUCGACCAUAAUUUUCCAGGAACCGAUGCAACGGUUUCAUCCUUCGACCCGGUGACCAGCUCAGUUCUCCGGCAUUCUCUGGAGAUCUCGUUAAGAACGAAGGAUGAGGAAGAUGCGCAACUGAUGCAAAUAGAUCCUCCUGCUGCAGACACCGUUAAAGGUGUGACUGCCGUUGUUGAUAAUGAUGCUUUCACGCCUGUUUGUCCCGCAUCCCAAAGUCCCCUAAAAAAUACUGUGAUACCAAAUAGUGAUAUUGAUGUGAGGAUCUCGCCUCAUCUCUAUGGACCAAAUAGGCCAGAAGCUCUGAAAACUCCACGACAAGGGUCGGUCGUGGAUGCCGUCAAGAAGGCGCCAUCGCCGAUCACUUCCGUUGAACAGGAGGCAAAAAUUCUUGCCAGGAUAAAUGAGUUGCGCAAAAUGGGAAAAUGGGAGGAUUCGCGCAUUCCCCGCUGUGUUGUCCCGGAACCGUUCAGCCGGGGAGUGAAGAACUUCACGAAGGAAGUGUGCUGGGUGGCUACCCUGAUCGAGAAAGAACGGAAAGCAAAGAUUGCCAUGGCCAAAAAGCUGGCAUACGCUGCCAAACGGUGGCAUGAGAAAAAGGAAGAGCAGAAGGAGCGGCAGCAGCGAGAAGAACUACAACGGCUACGGAAAAUAGCCAAGCAGGUGUCAUCGGCUGUAAUGGUGUGGUGGACGGAAGUGCGGAAAGUCGCGCAGCUAAAGCAGAAGGAGGAAAUCGAAAUCCAAAAGAAGCGGAUUCGUGAUCUGCAUUUACAGCACCUAAUGGAUCAAACGGAGGAUUAUUCUAGUCGAAUGGCACAAGUGUUGUCCAAAAGUGCCAGCCAAACUGCCAUUGCCGAAAAUCAUAAGGCAGAGGAAGAUUUGGAUCUGGAAUUCCGCUUGGAUGAUGAUGAAUCUGUUGCGGACGAGGAGGAUACAAUCUCGGAUGAAGAAAGUCAGUCUACGAUGGAAGAGCAGUCACGCGAUGAGGGCGCCGCAUUGGCCGAAGAGGCCAAUGUCCCCCUUGAUGAUUUCUUGAGCACCUUGCCCCCCGAUUAUCGGGAAUACUUGCUAUCGCAGCAAGCCAACACAUCACCAGAUGACGAACCUCCUUCGAAGCGGCUGCGGACGAGGUCCCGGCUUCUCUCGGCUAGCUCGGUGAAGCAGGAGGAGCCUAUGGACGAUGAUCUGCGGCUUCUGGUCAACGAUUCCCAUGAACCGCUUCCGGGAGGUUCGCAAGGGGAUAGCUCUGUUCUUGACGAAAAAAUCCGAAGUCACGAAGCGGCUCUGGAAAAGCUCCGUCCAAAGGGAAAUUCGCUGUCCAGUACUCAGGUCGUUACCAAAAUACCAUUUCUGCUCCGUGGACAAUUGCGCGAAUAUCAGCAUGUAGGAUUGGAUUGGCUAGUGUCGUUAUAUAAGAAUAAGAUGAACGGGAUUCUUGCGGACGAAAUGGGUUUGGGCAAAACGAUUCAGACCAUUGCUUUCCUGGCACAUUUGGCAUGUGAAGAGCAAAAUUGGGGUCCCCAUCUGAUUAUUGUGCCCACAUCCGUGCUACUCAACUGGGAGCUGGAAUUCAAACGGUGGUGUCCGGGUUUUAUUAUUAAAACCUACUACGGCAAUAAGAAGCAGCGAGCCGAGCUGAGAACGGGCUGGACGAAACCAGAUUCUUUUCACAUUUGCAUCACAUCUUACAAGAUAGCCACACAGGAUUCUUCAGUAUUUCGCCGGAUGCGUUGGCACUAUUUAAUCUUAGACGAAGCGCAGGCUAUUAAAAACUGCAAAUCUCAGCGUUGGAUGAAAAUUGCGGAUUUUCCGAGUCAACGACGACUGCUGUUGACUGGUACGCCGAUGCAGAACAGUUUAGAGGAAGUUUGGGCUUUGCUGCAUUUUCUGGCACCGGAAUUGUUCGAGUCAUUAACCAUGUUCCAGCAGUUGUUCGCUAAUCCUAUGACCGCUAUGUCCGAAGGACGAAAGCCUCAAGAUACGGCGAUCGUGAAACAGCUUCAUACUGUGUUACGCCCAUUUAUUUUGCGCCGCAUGAAGACCGAAGUGGAAACACAGCUGCCGAAAAAGUAUGAACACGUACUGAAUUGUCGUCUUUCCAAGCGACAACGCUACUUGUAUGAGGAUUACAUGUCGCGCACGAAGACUCAGGAAACAUUGAAAUUGGGAAACUAUUUAAGUGUCAUCAAUAUUCUGAUGCAGCUGAGAAAAGUGUGCAAUCAUCCAAAUUUGUUUGAAGAACGGCCGGUGUUGUCGCCAUUAGUGUUGCACCCGUUAUCAGUGGAGUUGCCGUCCCUGGUUUUUGAUGCGAUCUGUAAGAAGCCGAUCGAAGAAUUGUCACAACUGAUAACUGCUCCUUUUUGGUCAGUUGGGUCAGAAUUCCCAUCGAAUCUUUCAUCGCGUAUGCGACAUUUGAUGCCGAAGAAACCGUUGAUCGAAGAGAUUCCGGACGUUCCGGAUUCGGGACGAAGAGAUUCGGCGUUGUCUUAUCCGAAAAAUCUCUCUGUUUCGCUAGACAUGCUAGAGUUUGAUAUGGUUGAUCUGACGAAUGGGCCACCGUUUGUUCCAGCAAAUGAUCGCAAGAUCGAGAAGAUUGUCACGAUCCAUUACGGAAAAACCAAGCGCUCUCGACCAGUACGGAAGAAUGACGCGAAAAGGAAUGGCAUGCCGGACGAUGCGGGGGAAAAUACCGCAAAACGCCGGAAAUUUGUCCAAACUGGGGGGCGCCUUGCCACGAAACAGCUCGCCGAGUUCGUUAUUCCACAGAAAAAAAUCACCCAGCGCGAGGAACAUCUGGAUGUGCUGGACAAGGUGAAUCGUGGACGAUGUCGAGUGCGUGCUAUUUUUCCACCGGAUCUGGUUCGGCUGUUAACGGUUAUUCAAGAGGAAGAGGAGGAGAGCUCGGGAUUCGCAAGCGGUUAUCUGUAUUGUCGAUCAGCACAGAAAGAUGUACUAGCGAUAGGUCAUCGUGGUCUUGGUUUGGCUGGAUUAGUGGAGAUGGGUAGCUCGACUUCAGCGGUUUUAGAUGAUCCGGUCAUGAGAUUCUGGAUUGAUCGGGCAUCGGUGGCUUUUGCGCCCGUUUUGACGAAUACUCCUGUGUUGUCCGUGUCCAGUCUGAACCAAAGAUCAAGUGGCUCAGUAUGCAGAAAUCAAGCAAUUCUCGAACCAGCUUUAAUAACUGCAUUGGAACCGUUGCACCCUGUGGAACGCUUGCGUAUAUUGAAAUUUCCGGAAACACGGUUAAUUCAGUAUGAUUGUGGCAAGUUGCAGACUCUGGAUGUGUUGCUUCAGCAGUUGUACGAGGAGAAACAUCGCGCACUGAUCUUUACCCAGAUGACCCGAGUGCUGGAUAUCCUGGAGGUGUUCUUGACGUACCACGGGUAUAAAUAUUUACGGCUGGAUGGUUCGACCGGUGUGGAAAUGCGGCAGAUAUUGAUGGAACGAUUUAAUCGUGAUACGAGAUAUUUUUGUUUCAUCUUGUCCACGCGAUCGGGUGGAAUCGGAGUGAAUUUGACCGGAGCGGACACAGUGAUUUUUUAUGAUAGCGACUGGAAUCCAACCAUGGAUGCCCAAGCUCAGGAUCGUUGUCAUCGGAUCGGUCAGACACGCGAUGUGCACAUAUACCGGCUAAUAUCUCAGUCCACGGUGGAGGAGAACAUUUUUAACAAGGCUAAUCAGAAACGGUUGUUAGGCCAUAUGGCUAUAGAAUCAGGAGAAUUCACGACGGCUGUCCUGAAAAAGGAAAAUUUCAAGGACAUAUUUGGACUGAAAGAUGACGAAACAUUCGCAGAAAUGGAUGAAGACAUCAACGAACUCGCUUAUGAGAAUGCUAUUUCGAAAGCCGAAGACAGCGCGGAUGUGGAGGCAGCUAAAAAAGCCAAAGCGGAAGCCAAGGCGGUGGAUGAAAAUGAGGAGAACGAUGACGAUGAUGACGACGAUGAGAUCAAAUUUAAAGCUAUAUCCAAGCUGCUUACGCCUGUUCAGUGUUAUGGCGUACGUUUUGCUGAGGCUCACGUGCUGGAUCAGGAUGUGAUGGAUGAGCUGGCUCAGCACCGGGAAGAAGUAGAGCGUCGUAAAAAAGAAUGGGAACUGAUGCGUUUAGAAUCCGCCAAAGCCGAAAAAGCCAAAGCUGCAGAGGAAGCCGCUGCCCCAUACGUUGUGGAUCGCACAUUAAUGGACGCAAAGUUGUACCACAGCCUGGACACCGGAGAAACAAUUCAGGAACACCAGGAUCCUGACAUGCCCAUGUUUGACCUACGAGAGGGUUACAUGGCUGACAAAGAGAACUAUCUGGACAUUUUCGAUGCCCGAGAUGAUAUUGUGCGAGACUUUCAGAAAUGGGGCACAUUGUACAGAAAUCCAGCGCCCGAGCCAUUUAUCCCUCAGUUGUCGAAGCGGGCGAACAAUCGCUAUAUGAAGAAUAAAGCAAAGAAGGAAGGAAAGCAGAACCAGGACAUGAGUUUAUCCGCCGCUGCCAAAGGCGUCAAGCGGAAAGCGGGCAAUCCCUUCCAGUUCAGUUUUGAUUUGGCCAACGGGAGAGGCACGCGGUUACCACCGCAUAUGAGCGGUGGUCGGGAAAACCUCAUGGGCGCCGACUUUCCAGAGAGUUUGCCGCAACUAGAAGCAGCUACAGCUGACUUCCGUACCUUUGAGGAUUGGCAGAUUGUCAUGACAUCGACGCUAGUGCAAGGAACACCGCCGACGCCUACCGCGCCGGCUCCGUCGGCCACCAGCUGUGAGUUAGUCUCGUACGUAUCCGCCGCAUUCAAUCCACGCUUUCGUCCGGUGCGGGAUUGCCAGUUCCGUUUGAAAGCGAUCCGGAUGCGUGAGGACAAACUGGCAAAUGAGGAGAUUGUUCCGGUACCCAAGAAGAAGAAACGGAAUAAGGACGAUCCGAAUCCGGCUCUGGAUAAAUUGCCUAUGUCGGUACCAAAAAAAGUGGCUCUUGCGGUGCAGGAUGAUAAUAACAAGACUCGAACCCAACUGUACCGGGAUGUGUGCAGUUCCUUCCGAAAUUUCGCUUUCAACGUUCCGAAACCGAUUCGGGAACCCGGCACAUUAUCCCGAAAUUUCUCUACAGCCAGUACGGUGUCGGGUGACGGAGCCGUUGGCGAAGACGGCGCAUUGGAUCCUCUGAUGAUCCUGAAACGACGGCAGGAUCGUUCCAAUAUGAGCAAAAAUUUCAUAAAUGAAAGCACCACACGACUGGCCGCGUCCCUCGGUUUAACGGUGGAUGCACAUGGGCAGCCGACGCAGCAGAACGCUCUCUGUUCACCUACGCGGCCCGCACCGUCUAUACUGCAGCAGACUCUGCAGGCCACGACACCGACCACGCCGGGCCCGCUUCUCAGUUCCGUGAUGGGCGUCCCACCCCGGACACCCUUGCCUUCACCGCAGGUCUUCGCGCUGGGAGGUCCGGCCAGACGACCCGUGUUCAAUGCAGGAAGUGCGUCACCAGCACCCGGAAGUCCAUUACCAUCAAUUGGAUCGACCGCCAUUAACCAACUGAUUAGCAGUGUUCCUUCACUGGUAAAUUCCAGUACAGUAAAUCCGGCGGCCACGACGACAGUGGCACCCACCGCAACCAGUCCCGCCAUCCGUCCGGCCGUUUCUGUAUCUAGUAACGCUAAUAAAAUCGCUCAGUUGCGCGAACUGUUUCGUCGUCUGGAGAGCCAAAGUGGAACGGCCAUCGAUGCCAACCGAGUGAAGGAUUUUCUGACGUCCCGCGGAAUAGUCUUCUCGGCAGAGCAGAUCAACGAUCUGGUCAAAGCCUACGGGUCGGGAUCGUUAUCGAGAGGGGCCGACGGCCAGGCAGCCGCAACUCCCACGACCGUCGCCGCAACAGCAACUACGCCUACAGCUGUCCCGGUGGCAGCGGCGGCAACCGUUCCGAAAGCAAUCGCUAUUAACGUUCCUUCGUCGCCCGCCAUGGUAAGGCUCCCUGCCGCGGCAGGGAUUCGGCAGGGUGCAACAGGCCCCACCAUCAGCCUCAGUCUGCACCCCGCGCCACCAGGAACGGCGACGCAAGUAACGCAGAUCGUUGGACGCAGUCCGGGGCCGGCCGUGCGGAGAAACGCCUCGGCUCCGGCGGUGACCGUUUUGAAAAAUGGGCCAGUAAUUAGUGGCGCACCACCGAACGUCACCAUCACAUCGAAACCCAUCCAGUCGGCGGCCGGCACCGUCCCGGUGCAGAUCAUCCCGGCCAGCGGGGGCGGUGGAACGACAGACCUGCGUCUAGCGACACCGGCCGGCGGGGCUAUCCACGUUAAUAGUGAGCAGCUGAACCGCAUCAUGAGCCUGUAUCCCGGACGGCACAGCAUCCAGCGCGCCGGCAACACCAUGUCGGUGCAGCGGGUAGUGGCGCCGGCCACCCCGGGAAGUGCGCCGCAAGCGCAGCACAUCACCUUCGUGCCCAACCAGAGCGGGCAGUCCAAUGUGCUGGUCAUCCAGCAGGCCAACAACAGCAGCCAGCCCAGUCUCAUCCUGCAGCCGCCGCUGCAUCUGCAGAGUGCCCAACCGACGGUCGCCGCCGCUGCCGAACGCGGCACCGCCUCGCCGGUGGUCCAGCAGCAGCUGCCGCCACCGUCACAACCGCCGCCGCAACCAGGCGUUGCUACGCCGCCAGUCAUCCAGACACUACCGGCACCGUGAGAGGGAAAUGGGGGAAAGGGGGUUUUAGUGGGAGAUGGUUGUUUUCGCUUUUACUGAUUGUUCAUUUUUUGAGGAAUAGUGUUAUGUUAGGCUGUUAUCUUUUUUUACUUUGCGGGAUUUUUGAUUGUGGUAGCCGGAAGCGACAGGAUAGUUGGGUGUCGCACUGCACCACGGGAAGUGAUUAGGGGGGUUCGUGUUGUUUUUGUUUAUCAUAUGUUUCCGUCUGUACUUUUGUUGCUUAUGUUGUGUACCAAAGGAUUUUCUGGACAGGUUGAUCAGUGAUGGGUGAAUCUUCUUGUUAAGUAUGCAAAUUGUGAAUAAAAAUUAUCAGUUUCAACGG